AUGACGCUGCAGUGUGGAGGCAUCGGCCUGAACUUGACCGCCGCCAACCACGUGAUCCACUUCGAUCGAUGUUACAAUCCCGCGAAGGAAGCCCAGGCUACCGACAGGUGCCACCGCUUGGGCCAGCAGAAAAGUGUCUGCGUCCACCGUCUCAUUACCGAGGGCACCUACGAAGAGAAUUUGGAGAAGAUCAUGCAGCGCAAGCAGGACCUCUCCUCACUGACAGUCACCAGAGCUGAAGACUGGAUUGCCGACUACGAUGACCAAGCCUUGUUUGAUCUCUUCAUGCUGC